AUCAUUCUUUUUAUUCCCAAAAAAUACCCAGACAAUCUGACAAAAGAGUAUCCGACUCUUUGGCUCCAUCAGUUGUUCCAUAAUGGUCUUCAGGUGACUAUGAAUUUAAUUUCCUACUAUACUCUUCAGUUUAUAGAUAAUCUGCCUAAUCUUCUGUUACUUUUCCUACCAUAUUUGUGCAAAUAAAGUAUCGUUAAGGUUUGUCUCUUACCUAAUUAAGAAGAUGACAAAGCUUAGAUUCUUUAGUAUAAAUACAGCGAGUUUUCUUGAAUACAACAGUAAUUAGCCCUUUAUUGUGAUCAAUGGCAACAUUCUUGAAACCCCAUUUGAACUCCCAUGCCACAGAGGAUGAAGUUGUGAAAAACCCUUCUAAAACCCCCUUUUGGUACUGUGCUGAAACAGGAGUAUACAACAGUAAGUACCCUUUUAUUAAACUGCCAGAAGACCCUUUUCUUGAUGUUGUUUCCUUCAUUUUCUCACACAAGCAUGCUGGAUUCUCAGCUCUUGUUGACUCCACUUCUGGCAUUUCACUUCCCUAUUCAGUGUUUUACUCUAUGGUUAAGUCCAUGGCUAGUAGUCUUCACCAAAGGGGUGUCUCACCAGGUGAUGUUGUGUUAAUUCUCCUCCCAAAUUCCAUUUAUUUCCCUGUUAUUUUGUUGGGUGUUUUGAGUCUUGGUGCAAUUGUAACCACUAUGAAUCCCUUCAGUAGUUUGUUAGAGAUUAAAAAACAAGCCCUUGAUUGUGGUGUUACUCUGGCAUUUACUACUGAUGAUAGAGUUGAUAAAUGUGCUGCAUUAGGCAUUCCUGUAAUAGGGGUGCCAGAAAGUUUGGUUUCUAAUUCAAAUGGUAGUCAAAGUUCUGGUUUUUAUGAGCUGAUUUCAUGUGAUCCCAACUGGGAUUCAAGUCCUAAAAUAAGUCAGCAAGAUACAGCAGCAAUUCUGUACUCGUCGGGUACUACUGGUACAGGCAAAGGUGUUGUCUUGACUCAUGCGAACUUUAUAGCCAUGGUACAACUUUUUGUGAGGUUUGAAGCUUCACAAUAUGAAUAUUUGAGUACUGAGAAUGUGUACUUGGCUGUUGUACCGAUGUUUCAUGUGUACGGGCUCUCUCUCUUUGUGAUGGGAUUGUUGUCAUUGGGGUCUACCGUUGUUGUGAUGAGAAAAUUUGAUGCUGAUGAGAUGGUGAAAGCUAUUGAAAGAUACGGCGUCACUCACUUCCCCACAGUCCCACCAUUAUUUAUGGCGUUGACUAGAAGAGCAAAGGAUGGUACUUCGAGCAGUAUGAAGAGCUUGAAACAGGUUUCAUGUGGCGCAGCUCCCUUAAACACAAAAUCUAUUGAAGAAUUUGUUCGCACUCUCCCAGAUGUUGAUCUCAUUCAGGGAUAUGGCAUGACUGAGUCAACUGCUAUUGGAACACGUGGUUACAAUUCUGAAAAGCUUCGUAAUUAUUCUUCGGUAGGGCUUCUAGCUCCAAACAUGCAAGCUAAAGUAGUGGAUUGGAUCACAGGUUCACCCUUACCUCCCAACUGCAUGGGCGAGCUCUGGCUUUGUGGACCUGGUGUCAUGAAAGGGUACUUGAAUAACUCAGAGGCUACUAAGUCUACGAUUGAUGGAAAUGGUUGGCUCCACACUGGUGAUAUUACUUAUUUUGAUGAAGAAGGAUAUCUUUAUGUCAUUGACCGACUGAAAGAGAUUAUCAAAUAUAAGGGCUUUCAGAUAGCUCCUGCUGAUUUAGAAGCUGUAUUGGUCUCACAUCCAGAUAUCGUUGAUGCUGCAGUAACAGGAGCCAGAGAUGAGGAAGCUGGAGAAAUUCCAGUGGCAUUUGUCGUCAAGAGAGAUGGGUGUGCACUUUCCCAAACAGAUGUGAUCGACUUUGUUUGUAAGCAGGUUGCACCAUACAAGAAGAUUAGAAGGGUUUACUUUAAAGCUUCAAUACCCAGGUCUGCAGCUGGAAAGAUUCUUAGAAAGGAGUUAAGGAACUUAUUAACUUCCAAAUUGUAGGGCCUCUUUAUCAACUGUCCAGCUCUACAGUUGCCUAACAAAGUUCGCACACGGGUGAAAUCCAGAAGAAACCAAUAAUAGAUGAGGAUAUUUUUUGUGUUUUCUUGUAGAUGCAAGUAGAUAUUGGGGAAACAACAGCUGCCAUUCAUAUAUUAUGUACAAAUCUUGAUCAAUCUUUUGGUUUCAGCAGCUCUAGUUGCCACUUAUAGCUGUCAAAAUGUAUCAAAUUAUCCAUUCUUCCAGUAUAUUGAUAUCCUGAUUUUUGUCUGAAA